AUGAGAAAGAAAAUUGAGAAAACAAAAAAAAGUACUUCUUAAUCAAAUAUAAGAACCCUGGACAGAUUAUGAAGACUCUUAGGUUAUGUAGUUAGUUGAAUUGUAUGGUCCUCAUAAAUGGACUUUUAUUGCCUCCAAAUUACCAGGAAGAAUUGGUAAAUAAUGCAGAGAAAGGUAGUUAUCUUAAUGAAAUAAUGAAAGAUGGCAUAAUCAUUUGAAUCCAUUGAUAAAGAAAACACCUUGGGAUCUUGAAGAAGAAUGGAUUUUAUUUCUAUAUCAUAAAGCAAUAAGUAAUAAAUGGGCAGAAAUUGCUAAGCAUUUAGAAGGCAGAACUGAUAAUGCUAUAAAAAAUCAUUGGAAUUCAGGUAUGAAAAAAAGAAUUCCAGAAUUCAAUGAAAAACUUUAGAAUAUUAAAUAAUAGUAUAUACUCAAAGGGUUGUAUCUUAUAAUUUUAUGAAGAAAGGGCUUCUUAUUUUGAUUAGUUUCCCAUUGAAUUUGAAAAAAAGGCACUUGAGAUCAUAUUUUUAAAUAAAACUUAUGUUAGUUUAUUAACAGAUUCAGAAGAAGAAAUUGAAGAACCUAAAAGAUAGUCUGUCUUCUAAAGUAGAGAAAGUACAACUUUAAGAAAAUAAAAAUAUGUAAUUUUUAUUAUUUUAUUAAAGAAUGAUUCAAAAAUAAGGACAAUAUUGAAGCAUCCUAGAAGAAAUAGAAUGCAUAAAAAAUAUCUUCUUUUCAAAAAGCAACAAAAAGAAAAUAUCAAUUCAAGUAAAUAACAUCAUAUGUAAUGGACAUAAACACCAUAAAAAUAUGAAAAGUAAUUAAUAUUUUAAUGAUUUUUAUUAGUGAUGAUUAUUAUUAUACACCUGCUGCUUUCAAUAAAUAAAGAAGAUUAAGUCAUAGCAGUUAUAAAUAUAGUUAACAUUAAAGCUAUGUAUUUAAACGUUAAAAUAAUAUAGUUGAAUGAAUCCUUUAUGGAAAGAGAGGAACUCAAAUAGAAUCUAUUCAUUUGAACAAAAUUUUGUGAGAAAUCAAUUUUUUCAUUUCUUUAUUUGGAAUAAAUAAAGAAAUUAUACAAUAAUUAUAUUAAAAAAAAAGUAAUAAGGUUUCUUUCCUCUUAAAAAUUGAUUUGCAUCCUGAUAUUCUAAGUUUAAAAGAAUUUAACUUGCCCUGAAAUCUAUGGUAUGAAUUCGUAAAGAAAAAUUGAAUUAGUAAAUUAAAAUCGGUAAAUAACAUCAUUUAUUAUGCUUGGAAAUCAAACGACAUUAUAUUGA